CUCCUCCUGCUGCUGCUCCCUCCCGUACCGCCCCCCAAGCGCAGAGCCCGGCAUGGUGGAGAACUCCCCGGCCCCCCUGCCGGAGCGGGCGAUAUACGGCUUUGCUCUGUUUCUGGGAUCCUGGUUCGGCUUUAUACUGUAUCUUAUUUGGGCAUAUGUUCCUGAGACUUGGCUCUUCUCACUGGGACUAACAUACUGGCCUCAAAAGUACUGGGCAGUUGCUUUACCAGCAUACCUACUAGUUUCUGUAGGAAUUGGUUAUAUAUUACUUUUUGGUAUUAACAUGAUGAGUACCGCUCCACUGAAUUCCACGAAUACCGUUACAGAUAACUAUGCAAAAAAGCAGCAACAGAAGAAAUUUCAAGAAGAAGCAAUUCCAGCACUGAGAGAUAUUCCCAUCAGUGAAGUAAACAGAAUGUUUUUUCUUCCUGAAAAAGGAAUCUGCAAUAGCAGAUAGUUAUUAUUAAGACUUGUUUGAAUUAGCUGAUUAGUUGAAGCAUUGCGUAAGUAAAAUCAAAACCUUCCCAUGGUAAAAGAAACUUCUUUCUGAUUUUAUAACAGAGCUUUUUGUUCUGAAUUUCUAACUAAAUUAUGUAAACACAUUUCAUUGAGAUGGUUUGGUUUUAUUAUUAUGCAUGCAGCAUAAUAACUUGCACUGAUAUGAAAAUUAUGCCACAUUAAUUUACCUAACUGUUCUUUUGAUUUUAAAAUAGCAUUCUAUUACUUGUAGGUUGCUACUUGUGAUUUCCUUCUGAGUAAAAGAUAAUAUUUGGACCUAGCUUAAUUUUGUUUCUCACUGUGUUUGGGGAGAGCACAUGUGUUUAAUUUAUCAAAUGCUUGAAGCUUUUUUAUAUAAGUUAAACUGAAGUGUUUACAUUGUAAAUGUAUGGUUUUCAUAUGUAGAUAUUAGUAAAAUAUAGUUAAUUUUUACUUCCUUAAA